CCAACGGUCGCGGCGACUGAAAUCUUAGCGAGAUCUCCACACCAACGGGCCUACUAGCGCGGAGUCAUUCGUCACGUCCGCACGUGUUUGGCCGAAGCACUGACAGCCUACCAGUGCCGCCCUGGACCCUUUGGCAUUGGUCGAGCUUGCUAGGCCAGCAACUGCAUUCUGUUUCAUCGCGCCGACCCCCCUAGCCCGUUGUUUGAUUAAUUACUCCAUUCACAACAUCUUCAUUUCGCGAUUCGGCCUAGAGCUCCACUUGCUGUGCCCCCCUGUGAUUACACCUAUCCCCUGCAUUGUGCGCACCCACCAUGCUGCCCUGUCCAUGUGGUCUAGGACAUGUCCUGAUCAUUCAAUGUUUUCCCACACUGCGUCUUCACACAACAACAGCAUCUCACAGCAUCUCUACUUUGAACAGCGCCACCCACUACACUUAGCAUCCUCUAUUAUUACCAUACGACACACCACCUACCUUGCUAUUGCUAGUACAUAAUGACCACCCACACGUACACCACAAUGUCUCCGACUCCAAGCUUUCAACCUCCUUCCGAGCAAAUGUGCAAGAUAAAUUUCAGCCCACUGCGUUCUCCCUCUCCGCACAAACGCUUCAACAACCACGGGCGCAACCAGUCUGAAGCUAUCCAACGCCCCCGGCCCAUUAGCGUAGCAGACAACUCUGUCAUGGUACAGCACGCAAAGCGGUCCUCGAUAUACGUCGCAGACGCAAGCUAUCUCACACGCACACCCAUGGCCUCGCCGACGAGCGACCCCUCCGACGUUGUCGAUCACUACGCUAUCCUCGAACUCACACCCAAGGCCUCCAACGACGAGAUCAGAGCUGCCUAUCGCCGUCUACGCUCUGUUUACUUCACCAACGACGCGAAGAAGUACCGUGCUCUGCAGAAUGGCUUCGAUUGUCUCAUGGACCCAGAGUCUCGCCAAGUUUACGAUGCUACCUACCAACCAGCUGCGGCAGCGACGUCUUCGCUAUCUAGUAUCGGUGAGGUCUUGGAUCAGGGAAAGCACUGGCGCAAGGAUAGCGCUCAUGGCGACGACGCGAAUGCUGUUAUUCUCGAGGAGGAAGAGGAAGAGGAGGAGCAGGACCUGCGGACUGAUGACCCGAAUUGGGCUCUCAAACGGUUUCAAUGUGAUGGUCAUGAGAUUGUGCUGGGCUCUGAGCCGUACCAGUCUUACAUUCCUCUGCCCAUGUAUUCACUGCCGGUGUGUGGACAGCCGAAGUAUAUCGGCAAUUUCGCAGUGAACGCAUGGCCGAACUAGGCGAGCUCGUCGAUACCCCAAAUCUAACAUACAGCCUUAUCUACUCGGCUUGAUAGCCUGAGUUCUUCAUGAUUGUUUAUAGCAGAGCAGGUCUUGCAUGCAUUUAGCGGUUUGGCCUUGCGGCGCAAUGGGCGGUCACUUUGUUCAUUUGCUCUUUUGUCCCUCUGUCAACUUAGCGUUGUUUAUCAAGCGGCGAUUCACCCACCCCUUAUCUUGUCUGAUAGAAAGUCCCAACUUUACUGCAAAUUGGCUACACUCACUAUAUAUCUCGUGUAUCGAGCAUCUUUGAAAUGAUAAUGUAUGACACUACUAGCAA